AUGAACUUGUUCCCCUAUCUCGCCCUGCUUUUCGUGUCUCUCGCGCCGCCGUGUGCCUCCAGACAACCCGCUCGAUACACCAUCGAUCUGGACGUCUAUCCGACGAGACGAUGGGACCAGGUGAUUGAGGAUCACGCACACCUCCUGCCCGCAAUUGUCGACGAGAGCAAGUGAGCGUUUUUGGGGGGCAAACCUUCGUUUCCAUCGUGCCCCACCACCAAAAAGACCUUGAACGGAACGAAGUUCGCCACACGAUGGCGCCAAAUGAUACGACUUCCAAUUCGUUUUCCUCCUCAAGAUGGCCAUCCAUCGUGAUUGAUGCGCGUUCGACUUUUUGAUUGACUUGCACUGCUGAUUCGACAGUCAAUCAUGGGCCGAAUUGGUGACGCUUGACGCGCAUUUCGAAGUGGAAAUGGAAUGGGGGGUGGGGAGCGGUUGCGAAACGUCCUGACGGUUGCAAAGCGUUCCUAAGCGUCAUUUGAUAGUUGCGAAACGUCCAAGGCGACUAGACAGCUACAUGGAGCGAAAGGAACGGAGGGGAGCGGUUGCGAAACGUCUAUUAAAGCUUGGGCGCGUAUCUGUGGAAGUAUGUUGGUUGCAAAGUGUCCUAGGACUUUUCGAUAGUUGCCAAACGUCCGACUUUUGUGUGGAUCGGUUUCUAAGCGUCAUUUGAUAGUUGCGAAACGUCCAAGGCUACUAAACAGGCUACCGUAACCCGAAUUCAACUUCAACUAUUUUUCCGAGACAACUUCAGGGCUAAACUCAUAAAUAAUCCGACAGUUUUGGCCCGUUUUAUCCGAUGCGAUAGUAUCGGAAGGUGACCAAUUUGAAAAAUGAUGUUGAAAUUGAGGGAGACAAGUGCGCGAAUGAAACAAUCAAUCAAGGUGUGUGCGGGGAGCGGAUCAGAUUCUGAUCAGGGAACUCGUAGCGUGCGAAACUUUUUUACGGGCAACUUUACAGGCCUAUAUCUCAAGAGCUAUUGUAUGGUUCAAAAAGUGGUCAACUGAAAAGUUGUUGGAAAUUUUGUGCUCUACAACUUUGUAAUAGAACGUUUUGUCUGAAAAUGUUUCACUUUCAAGCUAGAAACGUUUUCCAGAAAGUACAUCCCAAAACGAUUGCAACCGUUUGUUUGGUGGGUCGCUUCGCAGGUUUCCCGAUUCUUUCCGGAAGACACCAGGAAAGAGUUGGAAGGUAUAAUAAUUUUUUUAAAUUUUCACGUUUAGCACCUUAUUUCUAGUGGAUUAUUGUUGCUACAACCACUCCUUGGCGUUUGAAGUUGGGACAAAGAAUUGUAAGAAAGGCCUGACUUCAAAGAGCUAAAGUAGGCCAGGGAGUGGUUGUACGAUAAAGUUGUCAAUUAGAAAAUUGAAGAACACGUCUGGAAUAGCAUUUUUGUAGUUGACCACUUUUUUCUACAACCACUCUCAGGGCUACUGUAACUCUUGGAAGUUUGCGUCUUCAAAAUUGCUAUCAACCUACAGUACUCCAGAGAGUGGUCAACUUGAGAACUCUACAAUAUCGAUUCAGGAAUCGCCGCCGCCUCGGGUCUUCCAUUCGGCGAAAUUGUCGGUCUUAACAUCCUCUACGACAUUGCCGCUUUCGACAGACGACAGUUCGUGUUCUGAAACUACAGUAAUCCCAAACCCCCCCUCUUUUCAGCAUCUUCGGUCUCGGCUGCACGUCAAUUGUGGCGCAAAACGCGCGGGGCGACAUAUUUCACGGUCGAAAUUUGGACUACGACAUGACAGAUUUGCUGAAGAACAUCACAAUCUACGUGGAUUUUGUGCGCGACGGAAAAGUGCUCUAUUCGGGCGUCACGUUUGCGCUCUACAACGGCAUUCUGACGGGCAUGCGGCCCGGAAAGUAUAGUAUCAGUUUGAAUGCCAGAUGUCAGCUCACAAUUGUUGUUUUUUUCGGCGAAAAAUCGAUAGCCAUUUGCAGUCUCCGGCGCGUACAUUGACAAUAUUCUAAUGGAGUUGUACACUCGAUUCAGACGUCCGGUCAGCCACUUUAUCAGAGAAGUGCUCGAACACAAAGAGAGCUACACGGACGCCCUCGAGGCGCUUUCGACGACUCACCUCUUCUCGCCCUCCUAUAUCAUUGUGGCGGGCACUCGACACAACGAGGGCGCCAUCAUUUCCCGGUUCAUUUUCUUAUGUUUUCUUCGCAAAACAAUGAUACAUUGGCGCGAAAUUCAAAUUUUUACAGCAAAAUUUGUGUUUUUUGCCAGAAAAAUAGAUAAUUUCUCAUUUGUCUCUCUCGAUAGACCGAUUUUACAGGAUAUUACGAAUUUUUUAAGCGCAAGAGCGUCAAACGCAAAUCGCAUUCAUCCGUUUGAAGGUUUUUUGCUAAAACUGCGUGAAUUUCAGUUGCUUUUCGGUAAUUUUCGCGGUUCGAGCGCUCAAAAUGCUUGUAUUUACGUGAUUUAUCAUUCUCAAAACAACGGUCUCCCUCGGCGCGAAUGAUUUCAAUGGGGCGCACUUGCAACAGGCGGGCUGUGUCGAUUUACGCGGCGUUUCAACGGCAGUUCGCGUUCUUUCCAUGUUUUCUGUACAAUACACCUAUUUUUCCGUACGCCCGGAACCUGGAUUCGAAUAAUUAGAGCACUAGCAACGUUUUGGUAACAGAAAUCUCGCAUAUCGUUGAGAAUUAGCCGAGUUAUUUCGAUUUGAAGGUUUUGGCCUGGAUUUUGAUGUUUUUCGAAUAGUUUUCGGAAACUGCUCAAGAAAACUAACCGCCGGAACCUGAAUUUUGUAAAGAAAGAUUCUGCGAACAUUUUUAUCGUUCGUUGGGCUCAUGAAAUGCAAAAUGAGCUGAAAUAUAAUGCAAAAAACCUGAAAAACUCUAAAUUCUAUAAAGAACGGUUUCCAAUCAGUAAAAUAUUGUUUUCUAGACGUUUUUCGCGACAAAAAGAAAGAAAUAAUGGUCGUAAACUCGAAUUGAACUGCAUUUUUAGACCUGCGCAAAUGUUCAAAAGUUACAACGACACUCCGCAAUUUACGAGCGCACUGUGUUUAGCAUUAGCGCCCCCUGGGAGACCGUGACAAACACGUUUUGUUUCCAGAAAUCGCUGGUCGGCCGCCAACGUCUAUCGCCUGAACUUCGAGGCGAAUAAGUGGUUCCUCGUCGAGACGAACUACGACAACUGGAAGCGGCGACAGGGCGACGCGCGCAGAAUCACCGCCAUCCGCGCGCUCAAAGCGAUCGGCGCCGACAGUCUGAGUGCGGAGCGCGUGGCGGACGUGCUCCGAACCGAGCCCGUCCGCAAUAAUCUCACCGUUUUCUCUAGUGUCAUGUCGCCGAAACACCCGCUGCUUUUCGCCAAUUCCACCUGGAUUUGGCCCUGA